AUGCAGGAAGAUAGUAACGACGAGGAUUCAUACAUGGAGAAAACGGAGGACGAUGAAAACCAGGAAAAUAGUGAUGACGAAGAUGCUGAUCGUAGUCUCCUGUACUAUAUACUGUUAUCGGAGGAUGGAAGUAUUGAUCUAAACAGCACUGACUGGUAUGAGAGACUUACAAACAUCAGAAAGGCCUUUAAAAUGAAUCACAGAUCAAGAGAGGAAGAUGUUGUUGCCAUUAAAUCAAAGAUAGGGACACGUAAUAUUGUAAGCAAGAGUGAAAAUGUUGUGAUGUGUUUAGUGGAUACUUAUGGAUUCUAUGAAAAUGGCUGGGUUUAUAAAUGCCUGACGUGCAACAACGAUUUUGACAAAUUCUUGAAGGUGACACCCACAGAAGUUUUGAGAAAAUGCGUUCCGUAUAUGACUAACAUACAGGAAGCAAUAAUAUGUAGCAGUGAGAUUUCUGAUAUUGUUCUGAAAUUUGGAUUGGACUUUGUUCGCUUUAAUCACACACGUUCGAAAUAUUCAAAAAUAUAUGAGGAUGGUUUAAAGAUAUUGAAUCUUCCUCAUCAUGUGGUUGAUAUGGUAGAGGACGAUGACGACAUUAAUGAGUUCGGGUUCAGUGAAUUCAAACAAUAUGUGGAUGAGAUCAUGAAACGUGAACAUAAAUCCUUAGAGUCAUUGAAUCUGAAUAGUCUGCUUGGCACAUACCUUAUUGGACGAGAGACAGGCAGAGAAAAAGCAUUGGAUAAUCUCGCACUUUCUCGGACAAAAUGGAGCAUUCUGGUUUCUAUUCUCAUGCCAGAGGGUUACAGUUUAUCCUUAAGCUCACAUUGGGAGGAAUUAUUAACGAAAGUUCAAAGUUUUUUCCCUUUAUUAAGGUGUGGGUCAAGAAUGUUGGACAGUGAUAUCACUGAAUUAACUGAUAUUCAUAAAGUUUUAAUCAAGAAGAACAACUCAGUCAGUUUUAUAUCAGACGAUGUUCGCCAUCAGGUGAUGAGUUACUUUAUAAAGAAUUGUCUGAUAAUUGAUGAGGACUACGAGAAUUAUAUCAAGUUCUCAUCAGUGGACUCGCUGUUGGAGUACGUACGACCGUGGUGGUAUGAUGAUGAAUUUUACAUAUGCACGAAAAAACUUUUGUUCCUACCGGAGAGUUUAGAGGAUUUAUUAAUCCAAAGACUUGGAUUAGACGUCCUACAACAUGACAUGGUAAAGUGGAAUGAUCCGACUGAAGAUAGAAUUAAAACAGUCAGAGAGGCAGUUCAAAAAAAGUUUAAACUUCCAUCUGUUGUGUUUCGCGUGAUGAAUCGGAAAAUAUUUGUGGAAUAUGUGAAGAAAGUCUCAGAAGAAAAACAAGCUUCCAUACAGUCUUUGAAUCUUAACAGUCUCCUCGGAUCGUUUUUAAUUGGAAGAAAGAAAUACAGCUCUGAGGUACCUGAAAUUCUCGCACUUUCUCAGACAAAAAAGAGCAUUCUCGUUUCUAUUCUGAUAUCAGAGAGUUACAGUUUAUCCUUAAGUACAACAUGGGAAGAAAUAUCAAAAAAACUUCAAAGUGCGUUCCCGUUAUUAAAGUGUGAUUCAAAAACAUUAGACAGUGAUAUCACUGAAUUGAAAGAUAUCUCUAAAGUAUUGAAUAAGGAAAACAACUCAGUCAGUUUUAUAUCAGAUGAUGUCCGCCAUCAAGUAAUGAGUUACUUUGUGAGGAAUUGUCUGAUAACUGAUGAGGACUACAAGAAUUAUAUCAAACUGUCAUCAGUGGACUCUUUGUUGGAGUACGUACGGCCGUGGUGGUAUAUGGUAUACAUAGAACUCAAGAAAUGUCUGUUCCUUCCGGAGACUUUGGAGGAUUCAUUCUUUCAAAGACUUGGAUUAGACGUCCUACGUCACCCCAUGAUAAACCGUUUUGAGGAAUGUGAUGAAGAGACAACAAAAACAUUCAGAGAAAAAGUGAAAGACAAAUUUAACGUACCGGAGGAAAUAUUUGACUGGGAAUAUGACGCACGAUGUAGAUACAUAGAAUGUGCUAAAAGGGGAACAAAGACAGUACACAGAGCUCGUGCGAUGAUUGUUGGAUGCGCAGGUGCUGGGAAAACCACCCUUCUCAAACGACUUGAAAAGCUAGGAUUAGAGGAAUUACUGAAGGUGCGCUCUACUGUUGGACUUGAGGUUCAUGAAGAUAUGUUUGAACUGGAUGAGGACUCUUCUUUAAGAGGUUUGUAUAAAAUAUUUUUAAAUGCUUUCUUUAUUCCGUGUGUAAAUGGAAUUAACAAUGCAAACAUCUCCUGA